AACUACGCUUUGUGUCAUGCUGAGUACCUCCACGACUUUGUUGCUGGCUUUGACCGCAGUUGCUGGACUCGUCCAGUGCUCCCACAGUUGGAGCGACGAGGAUCUCCUGCUUCCCCCUAUCAACUCCACGAACAGAUUCCUGGCAAACUUGGAGGUUGAUGUGGGUUACUCGAAAAGAUCUGUAGAUGCGACGGAAGCCUCUUCUCAAUGCAAUGUGAGCGUGGAGAGGCUCCCAACCAAACUGGUCGCACGUUGGGAUAGUAACCUCGGCUUUCAGUGUGAUGUACUGAUCUAUACGACCAACAACCAUGGCAAGGCGUUUUUUUCCGCUGCUUUUAAUCGAGCUAUCUCGCCAGUUUUUAUUGAACAUCUUGGUGUCACUGGCGGGCAGCAAGAAUUUAGGCUAUGUGUUGGAUGUGGCCUUUCAAGAUACCGGCGAUUUGGGAGAGGCAGAUCGGACGGGCAACAGAUAGGAGACCCGAUACAUUUUUGUUGCCUUGACUUCGCCCUGGAUGAGCUGAAGGGGGACAGAAGUUGGAGACUGAAUCGAAAACCCAUCGAAUCUACUCUUGUUGCCUGCUUUAUGACUCUAGUCAUAAUAAUAUGGAGCGUUGCUGCCCUCAUAUGGCCAGUGCCUAUCAUUGCGGGAUUUUUGCCAAAUGGAAUGGAGCAGAGACGACCGAGAUAAAAUCAUGCUUGUUUUAUAAUUUAACUCGCCUACUUACUAUUCUGUGCGCCAAUAGGCUAUAAUUGUUAAGCAUAUAGAAUAUUUUGUGAAAUAUUAAUAUCAUGGUGUUUAAAAAUCAAAAUGUCUUUAAAAAUCUAUUUAAUGUUGGACUGGUGAGAUUUAGAUUGGAUUUGUUUUAUAAAUCUAUGAGUAGAAUGUAGGCUAAAUAUAAGGCUAUGUUUUGUUUAGGUGUCGCUUAAAAUGUUUGUAUUAUUUCUAUCCGAAUGAGGCUUAAAUUAUUUGAGAACAAGACUGUAGCGAUGUUUUCGAUAUUUAUCAUGGGAAUUUUUUAACAUAAGGCCUAACCAACUAAGAAUUGAGAAGAAUGAACAACAUUUUUGUAUUGUUGCAAGUUGUAAACCUAAAGCCUAUAUCCUAACUGUAUUUGUAUUUGUAAUAGUUAAUAA